AUGCCUCAACGCAAUCUCCAGAAGGUGCAGAAGCACAUUACGAAGAAGCGUGGGGCCGUUGGCUCCAUGCACGAGAACAGUCGCGACGCCCACCGGUUACGUCGUGCUGGUGCCCGUGACGAGCGCUUAAUCAAGCAUGGGCAAAAUGUUGACAAAGGCCGUCGGCCUUACCUCGACCGAAUCUGGUACUUCUACGAAGCUGCUCAAUCGCUUGAAAAUCCCCUCUCUGAUACCGAAUUGUCCGAGAUGGUCAUCAAGUACAUCAAUCGUGACGAGGAAGAGCUCACACAGCUUCAGCAAGAGCGACGCAAGGGCCGGCCGCCGAUCCGACGUGAGGAAGCCUUGACCCAGCGGGUCGAGACCGAGCAGAAGGAAUUCAAGACUGGGUUCUGGAUGCCGGACAUGAGUGAUCUCGAUGUUCUCCUUGGUCUUAAGAACUGGAACCGACAGUGGUCGGGUCUGAGCCAGUUGAAGUUCGUUCGCUUGACCCAAGCCGGAGACAAGCAGUCCUCAAGUUUCCCGCCUAAGAGCAUCUCAUGA